UCAUUGGAGCCCGGUGGAACGCAGAAGUGCGGAAACCAAACCGGAAAUAGUGUAUGAGGGCGGAAGUAGGGCGCUAUGCGUCCCGUUGCCGGGGUAACCAAGAAGCGUUCAAUCAUGUCUCCGGCAGCGAGAGCUCCGUUCUUCACUCCCAGGGAGGUGUCCCGUCACUGCACCACCGCCGACCUGUGGGUGUCCUACCUGGGACGGGUGUAUGACCUCAGCCCACUGGCCGCCGACUACAGAGGUGACAUUUUGUUGAAGCCAAUUAUUGAAGCUGCAGGGAAGGAUAUCAGCCAUUGGUUCAAUCCCAAGACAGGCGAUAUCAAGACCUCCAUAGAUCCACAAACUGGCUGCUUGAGAUACUCUACGCCUCAGGGGCGUUUUCUGCAUAUAUCCCCUUCCUACCCCUGUUCAGAUUGGGACACAGACUUUGGACGCCCCUGGUGGCGGGAUCCAUCCUAUGAAAUCGGAAUCUUGUCUGCCAAAACCCGGACCAUACGUGUCAUUAACACGCUGACAUCUCAGGAGCAUACCCUGGAGGUCUGUUCUGAGGAAACUAUAUGGGAGAUUCUGCGCCGCUAUUUGCCAUACAAUGCCCAUGCCGCCAGUUACACGUGGAAGUAUUGCGGCGUUCCUCUGAACAUGGAUCUGACAUUAGAGGAAAAUGGUGUGAAAGAUGAAGAUGAUGAAUUUGAGGAGCUGAAGUUAGAUUCAGACCUGUAUACAUCCAGCAUACACUUAUAUUUCAAUGAUGACUUGACAGAACUUUAAAUAGCAAGACAUCAACUCCUCGCCCCCCCCCCCCCCCCCCUCAUCACAACUACAUCCUUAUUCCAUAAGAUUUUCUAAAAUAUAGUGCCAGUUUUAUAUUUUCUUAGGCCAAGAGACAAAGUAAAUUGCUGUUCAUUCUUUUUAGUUGUUGUGCAGAGUAGCCAAUCAAAUUGCAGAUCCUUUGAUGCCAAAAACCUUUGGGAAAAAAAUAAAUAAAUGUACAUAUUUCUGCAGAAUAAAAAAAUGUGCCUCUUUA